UUGGUAGCCAAAACCGCGGCAAAGACCACAAAUAAAUUAUAAAUAAAGCGAAAUAAAUUUAAUAACAAACUGUUAAUUAAAAAAAAACUAUAGCCCUGCAGCAGCCGUGUGGUUGAUUGCUGCGCUCACCAAAUGGCAAGCAGCUCACGGACCACUAUACUGCCGCAAUCGAAAGAGGCGCUGCUGAAGUCCUACAAUGCGCGCCUCAAAGAUGAUGUGCGCAGCAUGUUGGAAAACUUUGAAGAAAUACUGAAGCUGGCGCGGCGCGAAAGUCACAGUCAAAUUUCAAAGAUAACACAGUGCGAGCAGGAUGCACUAGAGAUGCAAGUGAGAGCCGCCAAUAUGGUACGAGCUGGUGAAUCGCUGAUGAAGCUAGUUGCAGAUCUCAAGCAAUAUCUUAUACUCAAUGACUUUCAUUCGGUGAAUGAGGCAAUCACAAACAACUCACAGCUGUUUCGGGCCACGCAAAUUGAGUGCGACAAAAAGUUGAUGAAGCUGCGCGACGAGAUGGCCAUGGACCUGUACGAUCUGGAGGAGGAGUACUACACUAGCAUAUUUAAAUAGCUCUUAAUUAGAAUAUAGUUAGCUACACAUCUUUAUAUAUAUAUAUGUAUAUAUAUUAUACAUGUAUGUAUAUGUAUAUGUAUAUGUGUAUACCUUGUGUAUAUGUAUGUAGAGAUUAUGAAAGAAUGAAAAUGCAUGCAUGAUUAAUGAAAA